AUGUCGAAUGUCACUUGUGGUCAAAAAGCAGCGACAACCAAUUACACUGUUGCCAUGGGGAGGAUUGUUGGUGGGAACAGAGCAGCUCCUGGGAGCUGGCCAUGGCUGGUAUUGUUAAAACUGAAUGGGAAUGUGAUGUGUGGAGGCGUAUUGGUGCACCAUUCAUGGAUUAUGACAGCAGCACAUUGCUUCACAGGGAACAGAAAUGAGAAUUACUGGCAAGUAGUUGUUGGUGAAUAUGACUUGAAAAAGCAAGGUACUGAAGAAAGAAUUUUGCAAAUCAACCGGAUCAUCACACACCCCAAGUUUAACCAAAGGACGUUCAACAAUGACAUUGCCCUCCUGGAAUUGACCGUACCUAUAGCCAUAUCAGAACAUGUGAACUUUGUGUGUUUGCCGGAAAGCAUUGGAGAGCUUCCUCCUGGGACAAUGUGUUACAUUGCAGGCUGGGGAUCACUCUAUGAAGAUGGACCAUAUGCAGAUGUGCUAAUAGAAGCAAAAGUGCCUUUGCUGGGUCAGAGUACAUGUAGAUCUGCACUAGGAAAGGAGUUGGUCACCAGUCAAAUGUUUUGCGCUGGGUAUCUAUCCGGCAAUGUGGAUUCCUGCCAGGGAGACUCUGGAGGACCAUUGACCUGCAUAGAUCCUGUAUCUAAGCAAUAUUACCUGUAUGGGAUUACAUCAUGGGGUGAUGGCUGUGGACAGCCAGGAAAACCAGGGGUCUACUCCAGGGUACCCAGUUUUAUCAACUGGAUUAACAAUGAAAUAAAAAAAUCUCCUGGAAGUCGAGAGCCAACCUGCUUUGACUUUCAUAAACUCUCAGAGAUGCAGGACGCACAGCGAAAAUCUGAAGUUACCCGACUCUGUGCAUUCUAUCAUAGAUUCUGCCCACCUUUAUUGGGACCGACAGCUUGCAGUCGAUGCAUUGAGGAAAAAUGCAGAGGGAAAAUGAAAAAAUGUCAACUUGGGACAUUUUUGCAGAAAUUGCUGGACCUGCUUCACCCAGUGGAAGAAUUUAUCCGCAUUCGAGACAGUUUCUCCUUCUUUACAGAGACAAUCCCGAAAUUCAUGGAGAACAUUUACACAAACAUUUUUCCAUCCCAAGGGCAGCACUUAGCAAAGCAUGAGAAAGGUUGUCAGAGCAUCAAUGAAUCACUGCUCAAUGUCAGUUUAUUAAUGGAUGAAUAUAAAUGGAUCCUGUCUAUACCAAUAGAGAAAUUGUCAAUGAGGUUUCAAGAGGUUCUGGUUGACAUGACUUCUAAAAAUGAGAAAGGGCUAUUUAAAGCACGUGUAAAAGCUACGGUUGGAGGUCGGCUUGCAACUUUUAACAGUUUGGUUGGAUUGGAGAAUGACUCCUUUUACAGAAGCAUGGCACGAGUUAUUGGCCAGGCCUUGGAUGUUUUACAAACAUAA